AACCAUGUUAGGGAUCUUCACCUUGUCGGGCCUGAAGGACACCACAACAAAGUACAGAGUCACUCUUUUCUCUCUGAACUUGAUUUGCUACGGCACCAUUCUGCUCGUAAACAUGACUCUCAUUCUUACCAUCAUACUUGAAGACAAACUUCACAAACCCAUGUACAUUUUCUUGUGUAAUCUGUGCUUUAACAGCCUUUAUGGGACUGCAGCAUUUCACCCUAAAUUCCUCUUCGACCUGCUGGCCAACACUUAUGUCAUAUCUCACACUGGUUGUCUCCUGCAGGUUUUUUUCAUUUAUUCUUAUGCAACAACUGAUUUCUCUAUUCUAGCUGUGAUGGCCUACGACAGAUAUCUGGCUAUAUGCCGCCCUCUGGAGUACAACGCCAUCAUGAUAAAACAAAGGAUUGCCUUUUUGGUGUGUUUCUCCAGACUUGUACCUAUGAUUUGUCUGUCUGUUGCGUUGAUUAUGUCCUUCACACUGACAUUAUGUGGCUCCCACGUGGACAAACUAUAUUGUGAUAACUGGUCUGUCCUCCUGCUCUCCUGCCAUUCAACAACAUCCAACAACAUUUUUGGUUAUUUGGUCAUCAUUCUGUAUUUCUCCCAUGCUCUUUUCAUCAUGUCCUCCUAC